GGUAGGCGCACAUUGGUAGCACUGCUGACUGCCUGCGCGAGAGCACGCGCGAAACUGUUAACGUUCGGAAAGCUGUUACUUUUUAAUUGUAUGUGAAAAGUGGAGUGAUUACCAGAUAACAUUGGUUUAUGUAAACAGAUACAAUGGCCACGACGACAAUAUACUUGGCGCUGGCUUUGUGUUGUGCCAUAGAGGCCAUUCACCUGAACUACCGAACGGGCCCUACCCAACAGCUGUUCCUGGAUAAUAUACCACAGUUGCAUCUCUCAGGACCGGGAGCCGCCUUCGCGAAAAUUGCAGCUUAUGGUCCCCAACCUGCCAGAUUACCUGUACAGGGAUUUGGCCCGUCGUCUGACCCAGCCAUCUAUGGAGCAGCUCUAAGUUUCAGUAACCCCCCACCUCCGUUAGGAGCGGGGCAGGACCCAGCCACCCAGACCUGUGGCUUAGCACCGCCGUUCUGUACCAAGUCUCGUUAUAGAGCCAUUGAUGGUUCCUGCAACAACCUGGAGAGACCAGCCUGGGGUAUGCCGCAGACGCCGUACGGUCGAUUGGCCCCUUACAAUUAUGCUGAUGGUGUAAACGCGUUCCCUCGCUCAAGAUCUGGUCGUCCGCUGCCGAACGUAAGAGAGAUCAGUCUGCGUCUGUUCCCUGAUAAGCAACUGAUUGACCCCGUAUGGACCCUCAUGACACAACAGUGGGGGCAGAUUAUCACCCACGAUAUGUCUCUCACUGCUGGAGUAGUGCAGUCGCCAUUCGCUACAGAAGCCGAGAAUAAGGAACUGGUCACGUGCUGUGAUGACAACGGCCGCCUGACCCCUGAUGUCACUACCAACCCCGUGUGCGCGCCCCUGCUCAUCCCUCCCAAUGACCCGGUCCACGGGCCGCAGGGAACUCAAUGUAUGAACUUCGUGAGGACUGGCACAACCAGGGAUAGAGGAUGCACUUCGCCUAAUGCUCCGGCUGAACCCAUUACAACAGUCACAGCUUUCAUGGACCUGUCCCUGGUAUACGGCAGCAGUGCUGGUCAAGCCAACCCCGUCAGAGCUUUUCAAGGAGGACGCCUGCUGACCACCGUGAGAAGUGGCCGGGAGUGGCCGCCACAGGACCCGAACAUCACCAUCACUUGCGAAUCAGCGCAGUCGCCAAAUGAACCUUGUUACCUGACUGGUGAUAUCCGUGUGAACCAAAACCCUCAGCUCACGGUCCUCCAAGUUAUUUUACUACGUGAACACAACCGCAUUGCCGACACUCUUGCGCAUCUCAACCCUCACUGGAAUGAUGAGACUCUCUACCAAGAAGCAAGACGUAUUCACAUCGCGGAAAUUCAACACAUUAACUAUUAUGAAUAUCUGCCUAUUUUGUUGGGCCACGAAAACAUGGUGAAGAACAAACUGAUCUACCCGGGGGCUCAUGGCUACAUCAACGAUUACAACCCCGGAGUAGAUCCUUCAGUACUCGACGAGCAUGCUACAGCUGCUUUCAGACACUUCCACACAUUAAUUAGGGGUUACUUGAAAUUAAUUUCGGAGAAUCGUCAAGUGGUCGGCACCGUGCGUAUGAGUGACUGGUUCAACAGGCCUCUUCUUCUGGAACUCGACAACGCCUUUGAUCAUUUAGCAAGAGGCCUCGCAACUCAGGAACAAGACUUUAGCGAUCAGUUCUGGGACUCCGAAAUGACCCAAUUCCUUUUCAAACGAAACAAUACCUUUGGAGGUGACUUGCGUGCUACGGACAUCCAGAGAGGUCGGGACCAUGGAUUGGGAUCUUAUUCAGCGACGAGAGCUGCUUGCGGCCUGUCUGUGCCCAAAUCUUUCCAUGACAUGUUGGACUUCAUUUCUGAAGAGAAUGUCGCAGUUCUUCAAGCUUUGUACGAAACCCCUCAAGAUGUGGAACUAGUGGUAGCUGGAUCAUUGGAACGCAACGUGCCCGGCGCGCAAGCUGGUCCAACGUACCUAUGCAUCUUGACUGAGCAGUUCUAUAGAACUCGUGUUGGUGACCGAUACUUCUACGAAAAUGGAGCCGACCCCGACACUGCUUUUACGCCAAGUCAGCUCGACACGAUACGCAAAGGCGCAUCUAUGUCCCGCCUACUCUGUGACAACGGCGACGGGAUCCGAGUCAUGCAGCCUCGAGGCUUCCAGCAAAUAUCGCACGGGAACAAGGUCGUCCCAUGCGAUCAGCUGCCGUUUGUCGAUUUAACGUUGUGGCAAGAUGCUAGAGGUCACUUCUAAGUUUAGUUUACAAUUAUAUAAAAUAAUGGCAGACAAAAUAAAUAAAAUAAUAAUGACAAAAUAAGACGUUACCGCUAACAUUUUUAGGGUUAUUUUGUAAAUGACAAAAUACUCGUACAACUAGAAAAAUAAUUUGAUAAAUUAUGACUUCCCGAAAUAUUAAUAGAAGUAUUCUAUUUUCCAUCACAAUAUAUUGUAA